AUGAAGAUCGAAUCAGUGAUUAAGGGUUCCGUGUUCGGCUUGUGGUACAGUCGUAAAAGAUUGUUAUUGAAUUAUGUGGCUAUCCCAAUUGGCAUCCUAACAAUCCUUUGCGUUCUCUAUGGGCUUAAUGAGUUGUUGGUAAAUGUUGCCAACGUCAAGUUUCCUGCUUCGGUAUUGGGAAUGUUGAUCAAUCUUGUUUGGCUAACCGCUCUUCUGGGUUUAUCCAAUCUUCCACAAGGAAAGAUUCAAGAUCCAAUCAGAAAGGUUUCAGGGCUGAUCCUUACAUGGUAUUUGUAUUUGGUAAGGCCACUGAUGGGUUUUACACUCAAAUGGAUCAAUGUCUUCUUCAUUCCCAGCUUCGUCAUCUUGCCAUUGCUGGAUCAUAUUUCCAUUAUUGAGUGUUUAAAGAUUGCGGCUGUGUUUGUGGUUGGCCUUAUAUUUACAUUUGUAUUUGAUGCUUAUUUUGUGAUGGGUUUACGGUGGAUCACUCGCAAUUUCAUGAGCAGGUCCAUUGAUAAGGGUGAUGAGGACGAGGACUUGAACUCGACUAAGUCCAACAUGAACAUUGACAUUACUACGAUCGAUAGCAAGGAUAAUCCUGUCGAGCCAGAUUAUGAGCAACAAGUUUCGGUUUCAGCAGAUCCUUUCAGAACUCCUUCAGUUACAUCAACGGUCACAUUUCCGGAGCCCGCUUACGCAGGCCAGGGGUCGAUUUUCCAACCAAACUCGAGUUUGGUAUCCAAUGGUGAACAAAAUAGCACCUUUGAAAUUGAAUUGAAUCAGUUGAGUGUACGCCGGGCCUCUGAUGUACAAUCUGAGGGCGAGAUUGCUGAGCGGGUAUCUGAACAAGGCGAUGAAGUUAACAUGAUGGAUCAUUUGGAUGAUGAUGCGAAGAAAACCGCUGUCUGGGUUUCGACGUAUCUUGAUUGGCUUAUUUAUGGGUUACUUUUUGUGAUAGCCCUACCAUUCUAUUAUGUUGCUAGCAUUCACGUACUUUUGCCAUACCACUUAGCAAUCACAGUGAUCGCUUUUUAUAUUGCAUUACUCAUCCCUCAAAAAUGGCCGGUGUUAAAAAGAUUUGCACAUCCAAUCAUUGUCUCGACUGGAAUUAUAUUGUUUGUGUGCUUUAUUGGAUCAUUAAUAUUUCAUCACAAACCGAAGGGGUUUCUUGACGACUUGCGCUAUUACAAAACUGGAAAAAACUACACAAACUUGUUUUCAGGAAAGGUCAUGUUGAAUGGUGGUAAAGAGGAUACCAUGCCUAAGGACGAUUUCACCGCCACCCCGCAAUGGCCUGGUUGUGGUGAUUUCCUUAGCUCAUUGAUGGAUGUAUCUAUUGUGGCUUUGUCCCUUCCGAUGUCCACCCAUCGUAAGGAUUUUGUGAGCAACUUCUUCUAUAUCAUGCCGCCACUUCUAGUGACUUCCACCCUUACCUUUUUCCUUUACCCCUUAAUUUGUUAUAACAUUGGUAUUGACGCCGAAAGAUCAUUAGGGUUUGUUGGUCGCAGUGUCACCUUGGCUCUUGGUACUCCUUUGGUGUUAGCACUUGGGGGAUCAGUGCCUUUAAUGGCAGUGUGCACGAUUUUGCUGGGCAUUUGUGGUGUGUUGAUUGGAGACUAUUUGCUUAAUUUUCUCCGCGUGCCAAAAGAUGACUAUGCCACUAGAGGGGUAAGCAUGGGGAUCAAUUGUGGUGCCAUAUCCACAGCGCACCUAUUGACUACUGAUCCAAGAGCAGCCUCCAUGAGCUCUUUGAGUUUUCUGGUAUUCGGUACGGUCAUGGUUAUCUUUGCAAGUAUCAAUGGCGUGGCGGAAGUGAUCCGGGGAUGGGUGGGAUUAUAG